AUGGCAGAUCUCCAAAAAGUGCGUUUAGAAGUUAACACGGCGUUUAAAUUAAGUGGUUUUACUAUACGAAGAGAAGCCAGUACUUUCGUUGCAGAUCAACUAUUGCUCCUGCCUCCCGAUGAAAGACAGAGUAUGUUGGACAAACUUACGGCUCACUUACUACAUCAAUGCCUGUCCCAACCAAUUUUAGAAAAAGAACACUUGGAAACUGCUUACAAAGAAUGUUCUUUAGAAGGUCUUGAAGAGAACGAAACCAUUCUAAAUGUGAUCGACGGAUUUACUGUACCCAAACUUUGCUACGACCAAGAACUAAAGAAAUUCGUAAAGGACGUGAGUAGUACUAUGUGUUUAUUUCCUGAACCUAAGUGGAAGGCUCAAUAUAUGUUGGAUAGAUACACUACAAUUUGGCAGAGAACACUACGUAACAAACUGUUUACACUAGAUCCGUUGUCCUCAUCAGAUACUGACAAAUGUUUUCAACUCCGCAAAGUCGAGUAUUUACUAAGUUGUUCAAGUAAAAUUGAUGAAGUUGUAGUUUUAGGGCUAAUAUCUCAGAUUGUUGAACGAAAGUAUCAUCUAGAAGACCCAACUGGAUCAGUACUCCUAGAUCUAUCUCAAGCGAGAUAUCAUUCUGGCUUGUUUACUGAGAAUAGUUUUGUACUAGCAGAAGGUUACUACGAGGAUAAAACACUAUAUGUCACAGGUCUUGUACAACCUCCUAUUGAAAGUAGAGAUGAAUCAUCACCAUAUUUUGGCAAUUUAAAUAUGUUUGGUGGGAAAUCUAAAUCCUCAUUAAAAAACUCAAAAGCUCUUUUAAAAAUUGAACAAGAGAACCAAGAUGGAGUUUUCGUUUUUCUGUCUGAGGUUUGGUUAGAUUUAGCAAAGGUGAUGGACAACUUGAAGAAACUCUUUGCAGGGUUUGAAGACUAUCCCCCAAUAGCGAUUGUGUUUAUGGGUGAAUUUCUGUCCUAUACAUAUACUUAUUUACAUAAACAAGAAUUCAAAAGUGCUCUAAAUGAUUUAGCAGAUCUUAUUUGUCAGUUCAAAAAUUUACGUGAAAAGUGUCAGUUCAUAUUUGUACCAGGAAAAACAGAUCCAGCUGCUGCAGAUGUACUCCCUCGGCCCCCAAUACCUGAUCAUCUAACAGAUGUUAUGAAACAGAAAUUAGAUAAAAAUGUAAUUUUUACAUCAAAUCCCUGUCGUAUACAAUAUUGUACACAGGAAUUUGUAGUGUUUAGACAAGAUUUAGUGAUGAAACUGUGUAGAAAUACCCUCCGUUUCCCAGAAACUGGUGAUAUACCAGACCAUUUGACCAAAACACUCCUUAGUCAGUGCUGUUUACUACCAACAUCGUUGCGUGUACAGCCAGUAUACUGGAGACAUGCGAGUGCCUUAAAUCUAUACCCAUUACCAGAUCUAGUUGUAGUUGCAGAUCAUUUUCAGCCUUUUACACGCAGUUAUAAGGGCUGUCAUAUAAUGAACCCUGGAUCAUUCCCACGUACUGAAUUCUCAUUUAAAGUCUAUGUACCGGCUACUCGGACUGUAGAAGAUUCUCAGAUACCUAAAGAUGAGUCAUAA